UCUGUAAAUGACCUCUGAUGGAGGUUCCAUUUAGUGGCAUUUACAGAUACACGUGUUGUUCAACGGAUUUGUUGUUGACGGUCUACAGUACCGGCGUUUUCCGUGUUUGUUUUUAUUAAACAACAUCUCAAGAGCCUUAAAAAAUGACUAAAGACAAGAAGAAACAAAGCCUGAGCGAGUUUGAGGAACAACCGCCUGAAGAUACAUCGAUGAUGGAUAGUAAACAGGUCUUGACUUACGAGGAGAGGCUCAAGUUCGUCAAUGAAAUCGCUAAACCCCUAGCCAGUAGGAAGCUCACGAAAAAAAUCUACAAGCUGAUAAAAAAAUCGCACAAGGAGGGAAAGGCAUAUUGGAGUGGUUUGAAGAACGUACAGGCAAGACUCAGGAAAGGAGAUGUUGAAGGAAUUGCCAUUUUAGCAGGAGACGUUUCGCCAAUAGAUGUCUAUACUCAUGUGCCAGCUGUGUGUGAAGACAAGGAUGUACCGUACGUUUUUGUUCCAUCAAGGGAGGAUAUUGGUUUAGCGAUGGGAGUAAACCGAGCAGUCAUCGCUGCAUACAUUGGCGAGUCUGAGGGGUAUAAAGAAUUAUAUGACGAAGUCAAAAGUGAAAUAAAAUCUCUUCCUAUACCCAUCUAAAAAAUAGAGUUUUAAUUGAUCCAUUAAACACAAAAUCUUAUAUUUUACAUUGUAAGUUUUAAACAAUUUAUAGAAUAAACAUUUUAAAAAAAUUAA